UCAUGAUUUAGUGAAACUUGAGAUGAAGUCGUACGGUGUCCUGCGCACCCAUAAACUGGGCUAGCUCGUUGUCGAGAUGACACUCCUGACUUCACUACCGCCGGAGGUGCUCCUCGACAUCCUCGCCUACUUACCCCUUCGUUCGCUCCUUUCUUUCGGCCAGGCAAGCAAAAUCUCGCACCAGUUGGCCAGCUGUGCGAUGCACAGGCUCUCCCUUGGAAUCUUUCCCACUCGACUCUCCGGUAUACUCUCCAGGCUCUCCGGCGUGAGCACACUGGACCUGUAUUCUCCCUCCCAUCUCGAAGACGUGCAGGACGACACGCGGAUUGCUUCGAUCGUGAUUCCCGACGCUGCGACGCUCAACUCGUAUAGUCUGCUGGCUUUCCACAAUGCUCUCAUCAGCGCCGUCCUAUCGAGAUAUGCGUAUUCGCUGCGUGAUCUCGAUCUCACGAUAUGGAUGCUGACUCCGCCGAUUGCGAAGGCGCUCGGUUCCGCACGAGGACUGAAACGACUGCGACUGAGGGUUGAGAAUCCUUUCAAACUGCGAGGAGGACUGCGAGCUGGUGACCGGGAUGUCCAACGACGACUUCCCCCCGAAAAGGGAGGCUUAUGGGACACCUUCCCGGGGUCUUGGCACAAGCUUGAAGGGCUGAUGAUUGAUGGUUCGAUCAUAGGUUUAGAUACCCUUCAAGGGAUUCUGAAAGGUUGUGGCUGUUUGAAAGAGCUGUGGCUUAAGAAUUGUCCCAAUAUUAGCGGAAAGCUCGUCGAGUUUCUUGCUAAUGAUUGGAAUGGUGCAUAUGCGCUGGAAGGGCUGGGUUUGGCCAACUGCGGGAUUGUCCACGACGAUGAUCUAGAGCCGAUCAUCCACCUGACGCGUCUUAAGCUCCUAUCACUGUACGACUGUCGGGGACUGGACAACGAUAAUGUCAACAAAAUAAACAAAGGUACCUGGAAGAUUCGACACCUGAUCCUAUCUGACAGUAUGGAUCUGCCUUCGGAGCAUCAUAUCAUCGAAGUCGACCCUGCCUACAUGAGUAGUGAAGCGAACAUUGAGAGUUCGUCUGAAGAGUCGGAUUAAGAAAGUUGACCGCACGAAUUGCUUGACUUUUUGGUUCUUGUAUACCAUAGGUUUGGACCUGUAGUGGAGUUCAUUCAAUUUCAGCGCUGGUAGUAAGUAGUAUAUCUGAUGUUAUCUUCGUUUUUCAGAAUACCUUAUCAGUUGAACGAAUUGACGGCCACUUGCAGAUGACAAGCCCCUCAUCAUAACGUGCUUGGAGAUGUAGUGUAUCUUACGAAUGAAAAUGUGGCCUCGAAAACCGUGGUGGUCUCACUUCAGGUGAAUAUCAAUCAGCUCAAGCAGAGACAGCCUCUGCCCGGAAACCGUUCGUCUGCUCAGUCUUGCUAAACUUCUACUCUUCACUUCUCUCUUAUCAUCGCACAACUCAAACACACUCUAAUAAAAACUUUCAAACUUCCUUCUCACUCAUUACUUCCAAAUAUCUUUCUCCUCGUUCCUCUGCGAUGUCACCCAC